AUGGGCUUCACCUCUGGAUUCACCGGCGGUGUGACCCUCACCUUAGGCGUCGCCUACCUAACCGUUCUCGCCCACCAGCGCAACCGCGAGGCGCAGUCACACAUCCUCCGCUCCCAAAAACACGUCCUCUCAACCCUCCUCGAGCCACAGGUCCGCAUUCCUCCACCUCUGACACGUUCCGAGCAGGCGGUCAAGGAUCGCGAGAAUCUCGUCGAGUCAGCCAAAGAUCGUUGGAACAGGGAGAUUGAAAACGCCGUUCGGUGGGCACAGCGGGCGGAUUGGUCUCAGAUCCGCGAAGGUCUCGAGAACAGUGCCGCACGGCUGUGGGGAGGCGCCAUAGAUAAGACGGCUGAGGCCGGCGAGAAGGUUGUGCCUAUCGCGAAAGAGGCUGCCGAGACUGCGAAGCAAAAGGGCACCGUGCUCGCGGAGGAGAAGGGCGAGAACCUGCGUCAGGAGGCCAAGAGCGCAUGGGAGCGCGCAAGGGAAAAAACGCUCAUUGCUGAAGAGGUUGCGCUCGCGAAGGCUGCUGAGGCUAGAAAGGCUCUUGACGCCAAGGCUGCCGAGGCUAAGGCCGCGGUCAGUGAGGCCUUGAAGAAGGGCAAGCAGCAGACGGAGGCUGUGGCUGUCAAGGCACAGCAGGUGGCGAACGUGGCUGAGGAUAAGACUACCAUCAAAGAGGACGGCAAGGUGUUGCCCGCUCUGUCACCUGUGCAAAGAGCGCUGCACCAACGGUACGAGAAGCCAAGCGGGCUGACCAAGACGGUCAAGGAGGUGCUUGCGGAGCGUUACCAGCGUGUUGACGAGCGGGAUAACACACAGCUCAGGGGUAUCUGA